GAGGCGACUGCGGCUGCGCGGGAGAUUCGAAUCGACGGUGCUACUUGCUCUCCGUGUAGUUGGACCUGCUGCCGGCCCUCGUCCUUUAGAGAUGGAUAACACGGAAAAUGUCUUUCAAAUGUUUGAAGCCCAUAUGCAGAGCUAUAAGGGCAAUGACCCACUUGGCGAAUGGGAAAGUUAUAUGCAAUGGGUAGAAGAGAAUUUUCCUGAUAAUAAAGAAUACUUGGUAAUGUUAUUAGAACAUUUAAUGAAGGAGUUUUUAGAUAAGAAGAAAUACCACAGUGACCCAAGAUUCAUCAGUUAUUGUUUAAAAUUUGCUGAGUACAACAGUGACCUUCAUCAAUUUUUUGAGUUUCUGUACAACCAGGGGAUUGGAACCCAGUCUUCUCCUCUGUACAUAUCCUGGGCCAGGCAUCUGGAAGCCCAAGGACAGCUGCAGCAUGCCAGUGCCAUUUUUCGGAGAGGAAUUCAAAACCAGGCUGAACCUAGAGAGCUAUUGCAACAGCAGUACAGGUUAUUUCAGACACACCUAACUGAAACCCAUUUGCCAGCUGAAGCUAGAAUCUCAGAACCUCUGCAUAAUGCUCAAAUUAAAAACCAAAUGGUAACAUCAAAAUCAAGUCCAGUAAAGAACUCAGCCUGUGUUUCUAAGAAUCAGGGUUCAGAACUUUCCAGAAUGAUACCUUCAGCUUCUGAUAAAGAAUCAAAUAUGGAACAAAGGGUGAUCGUGAUUUCUAAAUCAGAAUACUCCACACACUCAUCUUCGGCCGCAAAAGCUGAUGUUCAGCAAGUUGUUAUGUACUGCAAGGAGAAGCUUAUUUGUGGAGACUCAGAAUUUUCCUUUGAAGAACUAAGAGCCCAGAAAUACAACCAACGGAGGAAGCAUGAGCAAUGGGGAAAUGAAGACAGACAUUAUAUGAAAAAGAAAGAAGCAAAUGCUUUUGAAGAACAACUGUUAAAACAGAAAAUGGAUGCACUCCACAGGAAAUUGCAUCAAGUGGUGGAGCUAUCCCACGAGGACCUGCCCGCUCUCCAGGAAAGCUCUGAGGCUAAUCCAGCACAUAUAGGGCCAAGUGUAGGCUCCCAGCAGGAACAGAGAGCUCGAUGUCUUCCAGCCAUCAAUCAGCAGACCUCAAAGAACUUGGGAGAGAAACUCAGAGAGGUGCCUCCUGCCGUUCCUCUUAUGUCACAUGCUGUUUUGGCAUCCCCAGCCAUCAACCAGAGUGUAGCUCCUCCUGUUCCUUUGAUGGCCCAGCCAGUGACAAACUCCCGAUGUAUGCUAAAUUCUCAUGAACUCAAGCUGCAGAGUGGAGCUGAAACAAAGGAAGGAUAUGAAACACAUAAGGUCACUAACACAAGUUCUUUUCACACUACUCCAAACACAUCACUUGGAAUGGUUCAGGCAACACCAUCCAAAGUGCAGCCAUCACCCACGGUGCACACAAAAGAAGCAUUAGGUUUCAUCAUGAAUAUGUUUCAGGUGCCUACACUUCCUGAUAUUUCUGAUGACAAAAAUGAAUGGCCAUCUCUAGAUCAAAAUGAAGAUGCAUUUGAAGCCCAGUUUCAAAAAAAUGCCAAUUCCUCUGGAGCUUGGGGAGUCAAUAAGAUUUCUUUGCCGUCUGGUUUUCCUAUUUUUGAAGAUGGAAACAAAGAAAAUUAUGGAUUACCACAGCCUAAAAAUAAGCCCGUAGGAGCCAGGACCUUUGGAGAACGCUCUAUCAGUGCAUUUCCUUCAAAACCAAAUGAAGUGCCUCAGCCUCACACUGAAGAGUUUUUGGAUGAUUCAACAGUCUGGGGUAUUCGCUACAACAAAACCCUGGCACCCAGUCCUAAGAGCAUAGGAGACUUCACAUCUGCUGCCCGGCUUGCAUCUACACCGUUCCACAAACUUCCAGCAGAUCCAGUGCACAUUCUAGAAGAUAAAGAAAAUGUGGUGGCAACACAGUGCACCCCUAUGGCUAUGGAUUCCUGUAAAGAAAACAUGGUGCAGCCCUCAAAAGGGAAGAAGUUCAGUCCAAUUCAAGAGGAAAGCCCAGAACAAGCACUCCCAACAGAUAGAUCUUCAGCAUCCUUACACCAUCCUAGCCAGUCUGCUGCAGGUGGUGUGCUCACCCAGGAAGCAGUGAGGGGCCUUGAGGCUUGUAAACUCACAGACACUGACCUUGCUGUCAUGGGGGCCCCACCGGUGGUCACUGCUGAACUCCACACAGAACGGAUGCAGACUGGUUUGCUUAGGAAUGUCAAAGCUCCAGACUUUGUUAUUGAAAACCCAUGGGAUGAGGAAUUGAUUCUCAAACUUUUAUCUGGGCUUUCUAAACCAGUGAGUUCCUACCCAAAUACUUUUGAGUGGCAAUGUAAACUUCCAGCCAUCAAGUCCAAGACUGAAUUUCAGUUAGGUUCUUUGCUAGUCUACGUCAAUCACCUUCUUGGAACAGGUGCCUUCGCUCAAGUCUAUGAAGCUACCCAUGGAGAUGUGAAUGAUAACAAAAAUAAACAGAAGUGUGUUUUAAAGGUCCAGAAGCCUGCCAGCCCCUGGGAAUUCUACAUUGGGACCCAGCUGAUGGAGAGAUUAAAGCCAACUGUGCGACACAUGUUUAUCAAAUUCUAUUCUGCCCAUUUAUUUCAGAAUGGAAGCAUUUUAGUAGGCGAUCUCUACAGCUAUGGAACAUUAUUAAAUGCCAUUAACCUCUAUAAAAAUACCCCUGAAAAAGUGAUGCCUCAAGCUCUCGUCAUUGCUUUCGCUAUCAGAAUGCUCUACAUGAUUGAACAAGUCCACAGCUGUGAAAUCAUUCAUGGAGACAUUAAGCCCGACAAUUUCAUACUGGGAAAUAGAUUUUUGGAGCAGGAUGAUGAAGAUGAAGAUUUAGCUGCUGGCUUGGCACUGAUUGACCUAGGUCAGAGUAUAGAUAUGAAACUUUUUCCAAAAGGAACUACAUUUACAGCAAGGUGCGAAACGUCUGGUUUCCAGUGUAUUGAAAUGCUCAGUAAUAAACCAUGGAACUACCAGGUUGAUUACUUUGGUGUUGCUGCAACUGUGUACUGCAUGCUUUUUGGCACUUACAUGAAAGUGAAAAAUGAAGGAGGAGUCUGGAAGCCUGAUGGCAUUUUUAGAAGGCUUCCACAUCUGGAUAUGUGGAAUGAAUUUUUUCACCUCAUGUUGAAUAUACCAGAUUGUCAUCAUCUUCCAUCUUUGGAUUUGUUAAGGCAAAAGCUGAAAAAACUGUUUCAGGAACAGUAUGCAAACAAGAUUAAAACCCUGCGUAACAGGCUAAUUGUACUACUCUUGGAAUAUAAGCGUUUAAGAAAAUAAAUUGUAGAUGCACUCUCCAGAAACCAUUUUGUAAAUACUAAUCUCUCUUGGAACCUUGAUUUUUUUUGCUACGUUUAUUGUUUAUUUUAAUGUAUAUUAAAAGUAAACUUUAAAAAAAAUCCAUGUAGAGAGAAAGAAAAUGUUGGAGUGAUGAUCGGUAACAAAAUUCAGCCUGAGAUCUAAACACUGGAAAAUAACUGUGGAAGAAAAAAAGAGAAGCAGCUCACUGGGAAUAGGGAAGGAACUGACAGGAAAAAUUAGAAGCUACACAGAAUUUGGAAAAACAGUCUAUAAUGCAGAAAAAAGAAAGAAACAACUUGGACUCUCCCCUCCUCUUGCAGCUCACAGGAGGGGACCCAGGCUCCCCAGAAGCAAGAUAAGUGCCUGGGGUGGGGAGAUCAAGGGAGAAACAGCAUCAGAACCAAUGACACUUGUGAACUGUAAAAACCAUAAUGGGCUUUUGAUCCAAGACGUCUCCUUUCAUAUGGCAGGCACAUCAUGAGACUGCUCAAUCAAACAGUUCAGGAAGGAAUUGAUUAUUUAAGUCUUAGACUCAGAAGAACUGAAAAACAACUUCCACUUCAGGGUUCCCAGUGUUAUUCUCCCACAGUAACUGGGUGAGAGCCACUGGAGACAGCCACAGACAGGGACUCAGGCCCCACGCCCCACAGUGAGAAGCCAGAUCCAGCUUGAGUUGCAAUCAGAAACAGCUGAAUCUGAAAGUGCCUGCAGCAUUAAGUACUUAUGUCAUUGUCCUGCUGCCAACAUCCAGCACAGAUAUGAGAUCUAAUUGCCUCUUCUGUCUACUAACAUGAGCAAAGACGUCUCAGCCUGGACAUUGCUACAGCCUCAAGUAAACAGAGUAGCCUCAAUAGGGGGUGCACCUUACAAGCCCACAGCCAUAAGGCUAUGCAGAGAAAAUUAAGACUUUCUAGACUCUUAAGACUGCAAAUACUAGAAGGAAACCAUGAAUUCAAAAAUACAGACCAAAAAAAAAAUUUUUUCCUCUGGUUUUGGACUUUUUUUUUCUUUCUUUUCCUCCUUUUUUCUUUUCUAUUUCUCAUUCUUCAUGUCAUUUCUUUUUUUCUUUUAUCUUUUAUUUCUCAUUGAUUUUUUUAUUUUUCUGUUACCUUUUCUACCUCUAUACUUAUCCUUCUCUAUACUGGUAGUAGGAUCCUUUGUCUCACUUUUCUUUCUUCCUUCUCAUCUCCCAUUUUAAUUUUUCAAAUUUUUCUUUUUGCAUUCUCUCAUUCCCAACCCCCUAUAUCUUUAGUAGUGUAACCAUUAAGCUUCAUUAACUUUAUAUAGUUAGGUAACUCUAUGUUCCUACUAUUAAAUUCUUUCCUAUCACUAGUAGAGGUAUUGUUAUUGCAUUUAGUAGAUAUUUGCUUUAUGUCAGUAUUUGGUUUGUCUUAGGGUUUAUACUAUAAUUGUAAAUUUCUCUUUUUUUAGUUUUCUAAGAUUACUGUCAUUCAUUAUUGGUUCUUAUGAUAUGUCAAUAUCCAAUUUGUCUUGGAUGAUAUUACUUUUGCUGAUUUACUUGAUAUUGUCAGGGCCUCAUAGUUGUAAUAAGUGUUCUAUGUAUUCCAAUACAUGUGACAUUGAUAA